AUGAAUCUAGCUUAUGUUGAGAUAUUAGAAACCAAUAAAGCUUUGAAGGAUGAGCUUAACUCUGAGGAUAGUACUAUUAUAACACAGGAAUCAGAAAUUCAAGAAUUAAAAUCUCAGGUUAAUACAUACAUGACUCAAAGGUUACCUCAACUAUCUACAAUAGAAAUUAGACAAAAUUAUAAUGAUAUUCAAAGACAUCUUGAUGAUGUUAGACUAUGUUUUCAAAAUCAAAUUCAAGUACCUUUUAGUUGA